UUCACCCCUUUAAUUGAACUAUAUUUUUAAUAGAGGGUAAAUGCCACAGGAAUGUGAGACAAUGAGGUUCAAUCCAAGAAGAGGGAGGAUAAGGCCAGGUUCUUGUAUCAAGAGCCCCUGACCUGCAUCAAGGCACCUUCCAAAGACCCCAGUGGAAAUAAGCCAAGGACCCCAAUAUAAAUAAGUCACUUUGCCUGGAUUUUAUUUUUGGGGGGGAGGGUUAUCCUAGUAGAUUGGAACUGCAGGUUAUGUCAAUUACUGGGGAUGUCAGAGCAGUGUCAAGAAGAUGUCAUGUACCAGGAUGUGGAGCCUCUUCUCCAGGUGUGGUUGUUUAUUCAGUCAGAAGAAACAAGGAUGAGGAAGGGCACCGAUGCUGGAUGACAGUGUUAGGACUGGAUGAUGGACGCUUGGCUGUCCAUGCUUGUCAGAGACAUUUUCCAGCAGGAGCACCAACACGCAAUCAUCCAGAUCCUAACCCUAACUUAUUUAACCCUAUACCUAACCAGUCAACACAAAAUGGAUGUUCAUCUAUAAGUUCAGGGUCAAAUAUUCUGCCAAUCUUCAACACUUCAGCUGAUGGGACACCACUUGGACCCAAUGGUCAGCCUCUACCAGCUCCAGUUCAACCUCCUCCUGGCUCUGUUACUAAAUUAGCUCCAAAUGCUACACUUAUUGACUUGAAUAAGAUUAAGAAGGACCAUGAUGGAGAUAGACCAUUUAGAAUUGAGCAAGUUACUGUUCUUAUUGAUGAAACUGAUGAUGUGAAGGUAGUCGGAUAUGGUCCACGAGAUCCCCUAAACAUGUCCCCCGUCGAGCGAGUCCCGGGCCGUCUGGGAAGACCACGAAAAGUACAACCGCCUCCUCCACCACUGUGGGAUGAUGGAGGGGCCACUGAUGGCUUAGAGGAUGUAGCAACUGAGCCAUCCUAUCAUCAGUUUGGUGAUCCAUCACUAGGCAAUGCCUUAGAGCAGAUGAGACAGCUACGCAUUGACUGCAACACUGCACUUGUUGAUAUGGAAAAACGACAGAUGGUUUACGCACAUCGAGCUAUCCUAGUUGCGCGUAGCCCUUAUUUCUAUCGACAGAUGUACCUGCGUAGGAAGAAACUUAAAUACCUGUACCAGUUUUGCCGCUUUACCCUUCCUAUUGAUGUGAAUUUUGAUGUUGUGGAUGCUGUUGUAUCAUAUAUGUACACAGGCUCAAUGAGUACUCUUUGGGGAAAGGGUACUGCUUCCAUCAGGAAAGUUCUCAACCUUUUUGAAAUGAAAGAAGCCUUAGAACUGUAUGAUCAGGAAGUUGCUGGAAGAGAGGUAAAAAAAAAAGAACCACGACGUGCUAGAAAACGUAUCAAACGUGAGCAUGGUGAGGAUAAUCUAGAGAGCCUAGUUUUGCCACUGUUAUCAGAAACUAGUGGGUCAGUAGAUGUUGGAGCUGGAGAUGAAGGAUUCCGGGGAGAAGAACGACGAAGACGAAGAAAAGCUAUUGACCAUGAUGGUGGAGAUGAUGUCCAUGGCAAAAUGAAGGUAUCAGUUCAGAAAAUUGUAGACAGUGCACUUACACCAUUUCUGGGAAAGAUUGAGGAACUGUUUGACCCUUCUGCUUCAACACUUCAAAUUGCUAGAACCUCACAGCAUAUAAUAACCCUUUGGCAUGCAGAUAUUUUGCUCACCAAACUUUUUGAUCAGAAUGAACUUACAAAAUUCUUCUCAGAAGUGAUGAAUGAAGUCCUUGAGAAAAACAACUUGAUGCAUCAACAAGGAUGUACAGACAAUGAAGGUAGUGGAUUUAAUGUGGAGAUAUUAGUCACUCAUACUGGAAAUCCUUUAAUAGAUGAGGCAUAUAAUAAGGCAUCAAUAGGUGACCCAGUAGUUCAAGAGGUAGAAACUAUAACAGUAGGAGAUAUGCAGAUAAUUAAUUAUCAUCAGAUUGAUCCACAACACAUUUCUAAAUAUGUUCAUAUGAUAGCAAUGUAUCGUUAUCGGAUUCGAAUGGGAAGAAAAGUGGUGGGAAGAUCAGUUGCAGGUAGUGGAGGUACAGGAUCUAGCAGUAAGGACACUCUAAUGCCUCCAUUACUUGAAGGAGAUGUUUUGCCUGAUGAUUCCUCUACACCACAGGAUCUUGAUGAUCUUGUGAACAGAAUGGCAGGUAAUGGAGAUGAACUUUUGUCAAGUCCUGGAAGUGCUCUUACACGAGCUUGUUUUCAGCAAGUAAGUACAGAUUUGAAACGGAGAGCAGUAUCUGAUCUUGAACUAUAUGUAAAUCCUUCAUUCCACGAGGAAUUAAUCAUGCACAUAAUGGUGGAUCAAGUAGAAGAUCGGGGAAUACUUCCUCUUAGCCUUGCUGUCUUCUUAGCUAAAGGUUGCAACUUCUGCCGCAAGAAAGAAUGCAAAGGUGAAGAUUUGACACUACCAAUUAGUCCCGAUAAUCCUGUUUGCCCUGAUCGCCAGUGUAUUAAGCGGAACCUCAUUUGUGAAAUGUGUAAUAAACAGAUGUCAAAUUCAAAGUCAUUAGCAAGGCACAAAUAUAGUUUACAUGACAUACAAGAAGGAGAUGUAGGGGGGCUUUUCAUAUGCAGUCACUGUGGUGAAACAUUUAGCAAAAAAUGGAAGCUCAACAUGCAUGAACGACAACAUGAGGAUCGCAAAUUAGAAGUUGCUUGUCAGAUAUGUGGCAAAGUUAUGAGGGGUGCCAUGGCCCUUAAAAAACACGUCAGCAUGGUUCACGAAACUAGACCGCAGUUUCAGUGUGACUUUUGCUCAAAGAGUUUUAAACGGAAAGAAACUCUAAAUGUACAUCUUCGAAUUCAUACUGGAGAGAAGCCAUUCCCUUGCACUCGUUGUGAGUAUGCAUCAGAAACUAAAGGUAACCUGAAAGCUCACAUGUGGCGCAAGCACAAGAUACAACUUGGGGGCCCGUCUGCAGAACAGCAGCAAGAAGCAGCAGAAGAACAGGCUAUGGCAGCUACAUUAGUUGCUCAUGCUCAUACUCUAGCUGAUGGGUCUUUUAUCAUUGCUGAGGGUACUGGUCCUUCUGGCACUAUUAUAACUUAGACUCAACUCUAAAUUUUAGACACCCUCUGGAUGAAGGAGAUAAUUUACUUUUCAUGGAAAUUGCACAAGUUGUUUCAAAACAGUAAUUAUCUAUUUGUAGCUACAGAAGCCAGAUUUCUGGUCAUGGUAUCCCAUCUUAAAUAAUAAAAGAAAAGUAUAAUGGGUUAAAUGACAAUUCAGACAAAAUGGGGUUAAUUUGGAAAAUUUAUUAUUGAGUUUUGAAAUCAUAUUAUAAUUGUAAUUAUAAUUUAAAUUGAAAGAAUAAUCACAAUUUGAGUUUUACAGAACAAGUAAAAGUAUGAUAAAUAAAUUUCAUAAAUUGUAAUUUUACAAUUACAGUGCAUCCAAAUGUGAAUUAAUAUAUAAUUUGCUUUCAGUUAUUUAAGUGUAAAUUUUCUUAUCAAUAGUAUUAUUUUUUUAAUGUUUACUUAACAAUUGCCCUUAAUUGUUUGCACAUAUUUUGUGGCUUGAUAAACUAUGAAAGGAAAUUCUACCUUUCAGCAUGAUAAAUAUGGCCUAUAACUACUGAAUCAUUCAUCCCAGUUAUUUUUUUUUUGUUUUUCCCUAGUUAAAAAAUUUUAAGCUCGUUAGAUAUUUUCAAUAAAAUUGAAAAAUUUAAGCUUCAGGUUAUGAAGUUUUAUUGUUUCUACAGUGCAUGGAAUGUUGUUUAUAAUUGAGAAAGCAUAUUAAGCUCUAUACAGUACCACAGUAGGGCUCUGCAUGCUUUCUUUCCACACUGUUUAGCAUAUUAAUGCAUUUGUGUAUGAGUGUUCUAGUUAUUGAAUUUUUCUUUGUAUCAGAUUUACUGUAAAUGUUUACAUGACAACUGAUGUGAUAUUGUAUUUAAUGUAUAUUUAUAUAAAUAUUUGAGCAUUAUUUAUUGUACAUUUGUAUAUGUUUGUAGAUAAUGUUAAAAAGAGAUGUUAAUACUUAUAUUUUUUUAUUGUAUCAAUGAAGAUUUAAUAUAAACUAAAACUGAUCCAUUUUUUAUUUUUUCAUCUUAGAAAAGGAAAAUGGAAUACUUGUAUAUUUCAAUCAGUGGAAAGCACUGAAUCCAUUGUGUCAUAUAGUGCCUGGGAAAUGGAAGCAUUCAGGUUCUAUCCAAGGAAGGAAGGGGAGGCUAAGUCUGGUACCUUGGAUCAAGAGCCCCUCACCAGCAUCAAGGCACCUUCCUUGAGGGGAGAAGGAGGGAAUAGAAUAAUGCAGUAAAUGUUAUAAUGAUGCAAUGAAAAAUUUGCAGAAAGAUUUUAGUAUAAUAUUAGGUAUAGUGUAGGUAGUACCCAGGAAAGUACUAUUCACCUGUCAUGCUAUCUCCAAGGGAGAUUCCUUGAUGCUGGUGGGAGAAUUUUGACUCACAAAUUAAACCUGACCUCCUUUUCCUUGGAUUGAACCUGACUGCCUUCCCUUCCUAGACACUGCAUAAUCCCUAUGGGUUGAAGCCUUA